AUGGACAUAGGGUCUAAGAAAAAAUCAUUUAAAUUUCAUGUUAAAUCAGCUAGCACAUCAAAUAUGUUUGCAACUCCACCAUCAACAAAUACGCCUGUUACUGGAAGGUCUAUUGCUUAAUUUGUCCAUGUUCCUCUUCUUACCUUUAAAAGAUGUGAUAUGAAGAAGUAUAUCUAGACUGAAGAAAGGGAAUAUCUCAAAAAAAAGUAGAUCAUAGAAUCAGGUUACUUGACAUAGAGAGGCAUGUCAAAGUUCUUAAAACCUAAUCGUAAUUAUAACAUUCUUUAUUUAGGAUUGAAAUGGUAAAAAAAUGACCUAAAACUUCAUGAUACCAUUCUAAAAACGAAACUAAAUAUUGCUGAUAUUAUUUUGAAUGCCAAAGGAGGAUAAUCUCGAAGAGAAUUAUUAAUUGAAAAAAUACAGAAUUAGAUUGAAAGCCCUAAAUAAAUUAUUAGUCAGAGAUCUAUUAAAAGUGAACAUACUGUUUAAAUAUUUAUGGAUAGAUUGAAAUUUUAAUCAUUACCAUAAAAAAUAAAAGGCGAUGCUUAAUCUCCUCUGAAAACAAUCCAAUCUCAAAAGUUCAUCUUCAAUUCUUCAACAACCUAUUAAACAGAAUGA